AUACUAAAUUACUAAUUGUUCAACAUCAAAGAUAAACAUCCACAAACAAUAUAAUUAAUUGAACGUACGAGGAAUUAGUUUAAAAAUUUUUAUUUAAUUAGUUAAGGAUUUUGUGGGUCGUGGGGGGUAUGGACUUGGAUGCGGGUAUCCACGGGUUGGAUAUGGCUAAACCCAAACCAAACCCGCAAAUGUAUAGCGGGUUUAAACCCAAAUCCAGCCCGCAAUCCGUCAAGGUGGGUUUUACCCGCGUUGACCGGGUUGGGUCGGGUACCCGUGAAUUCGGGUUCUACUGCCAUCCCUAACAAAUGUCUAAAGCUUUUUUUUGUCGUUGGUUGCCCUAGAGUUUUCGGAUUAUGAUCUCGUUUAGUGGGAUCAAUUACAACAUCCUAUUGAAGCGUGGGACGAGAUGAAGGGUAUAAUGAGGGAUUGGUUUGUGCUGAGUUCUCAUCAGAGAGAUAUGUAUCAAAACCUCCAAAUUCUUUGGCAAGGUACUAAAAGUGUUGAAGAUUAUCACAAGGAGCUGGAAGUUUUUAUGAUACGAGCUGAUGUUCGAGAGGAUCGCGAGGCUACCAUUGCUCCUUGUCUAUAUGGUCUCAAUCGUGAAAUCAAGAAUGUGGUGGAAAUCCAACCGUUCCUUGAGCUUGAAGAUUUGGUGGAUAUUGCCAGCAAGGUGGAAUGUCUGGACCAGCUCUGCCACCUCUCGCUCGAGCCUUGAUCUGGCCUCCAUGGCAUGCACACCUCGGUCUCGCGAGUUCCUACCUCUAGUCCUUGGGGUUCGCCACGGUUUGUGAAGGUAGGGCUCCCUUUGGUCUCUCGGUGAGGAUGCCGGCAAGGUUGCCGAUUUGCACCUCCAAACUUUGGAGGCUCGCUUGGUGGCUUCGCAGUCCCGCCUCAACCGAGGUAAACUUGGUAGUCACCACAUCCAUAAAUUGCUCUAUCUUCUCGAACUUUUGGGUACUCAUAAUCACAAAGGUGUUCACUAGGUCUUCAGGCUUAGAUAGCUUGUCGGAUUGUUGUUGUUGUUGAAACCCUAGGCCACCUUGUGCUUGGUACGGUUGUUGGAAGCUUGAGCUUUGGACUUGAGGCACAACCAUUACCAAUUACACUAAAUAAAUGUUUUGUAUCUUUUUAAAUACAAAAUCUAAAAACCAUAUGACUUUUCCACUAUUGUUAGCUAGCCCACUAACUCUCCCGUAAGUACUUUCUUAAAUCUGCAGCUGCAACGAACUCUGCUUUCCCCUUGUAGAACAGAGUAGCGAAACCAAAGAAUUAUGUAAUAUAUGCAUUGAAAGAAAUAGGAAGAGACUACGAGCGUUUAGGAUCAAAUAGUGAUUAAUUCGGAUUUCGGAUGAGGAAGAAAUGACCGAAAGACAACAGCCUCUCCAGAGUUACGGGCUGACCUUCAAAGUUACAGUGAAUUCCUCUACACAAAUCUAUGAUCUCUGUCUUCAACCCCUGCAUCACAAAGACAACACUUUAGGUCCCCUGAGAACCCCCAUUUCCGCAUUUUUGCCUUAGUAUUUAUGCUAUCUCUUAUAACCAGCCAUGUUAAGAUCCGGUUUCUAGACCUAUGGUUCUUAAACCCAAGAGAAGAGGGUGCGUUUCUAGAGAGAGAACAUAAGAUUAAAAAUUGGGCCCAAGAUCUUCUUCUUCUAAGCUUGAAUCCUUCUCCUCAAGAUCAACCCAAGCCUCCAAUUAAACUCCAAGAACACUCACCCACACACACACACACACACACUCUCUCUCUCUCUCUCUCUCUCUCUCUCUCUCUCUCUCUCACACACACACACACACACACACACACACUAGAACUGCCCUUUGGUGUUUUGGGCUCAAAACAUCGAGAAAGAAACCAAUUCUUCUCCAAAAUCCAUCUCUCCUUGCUCUCUCCCCGAUGUUGUCUUCAUAUUUGCCCGAAAGUGCCCAGUUCACGGAUGAUGGAUGCGUUGGCAGUUCACGGCUGUGAACAUCAGAACGCGUCAGUGAACUCAGUGUCGUGGCCAAAACGCACCUAGUCAAUUUGAGUGGCCAUCGCCUCAAGUUGUACUUGGGAGGCGAUUGAUGGCGUCGUAUUUGCACAUGUUUUCAUCCUCGUUUCUUGGCCAUUUUUAGCUCAAAUUUGUGGUUUCUUGGCCUAUUUUACGCUAGGUUGUGUUAUUUUGUCAUAUUUCAUGUCCUAGCGAGUAAAGGGAGGCAUAUACGCAAGUUUCGGGUCAAUUGGAGGUCAUUUGGUGAUUCAAGGUGCAAAAUACCGUUAUCGCCUAAAAGAUUACGGUUAGUGAUGGCAAUUUCAACCCGCCCCGCGGGUAUUACCCGACCUGACCCGCGAUGGGGCGGGUAUUAUCCGACCCGCAGUAGCGUGGGGCGGGGCAUGGGUAUCUACUUCUGACCCGCCCUGCCCCGUUCUAGACUCAUUUUAUCUCAAUUUCUUACAAUUUCUAUACAUAUUUCUCCUAUUUUGACUUUUCUUCAACUAGUUAGAGUCGCUCUUUCAACUUGUUAGACUCAAUUACCCAUUCUAUUAUCACUAUUUUUCAUUCUUAAAGUGUUUUACCCUUCGUUUUAUCGUAAAAAGUAAAAUUUACUUGUAUUU